GACACGGGACCCAGAACCAGAUGGUCCGGAGGAGACGCGCCAGCCCCCGCCGCAGCACCCGGAGCGGUGAAGCCCCGCCGCGCCGCCGGACCUGAUCCAGCCCCGCUGGGCAGCGGAGCCGGGGCCGUGUCCAGCGCCAGAGACUGAGGCAGGGUCUGGACAACCCCCGACACACACACCCGACGGCGGCAGCUCGAUCCUCUGCCGGGGGGGCCCCCCCUGCGUCGUUUUCUCCUCCCCGCAUCCCCCUUUGCUUUCAUGCAACGCCUGGUGGCCUGGGACGCAGCAUGCCUCCCCAUCCAGCCGCCCGCCUUUAAAUCCAUGGAAGUGGCUAAUUUCUAUUACGAGGCGGACUGUCUGGCUGCUCUCAACAAGCUGCACCCGCGGGCGGCCGCGGGCCGCUCCAUGACCGAGCUCACCGUAGGGGACCACGAGCGAGCCAUCGACUUCAGUCCCUACCUGGACCCCUUAGCAGCAUCUCAGCCGCCGGCGCAGCCGCCUCCUCCGGCAGCAGCAGCAGGGGGCAACUUUGAGCCUCCCUGCAGCAGCGGCGGCGGCCAAGAUUUCCUUUCCGAUCUCUUCGCCGAGGACUAUAAAGGCAGCGGCGGCAGCAAGAAGCCCGACUACACCUACAUCAGCCUCGCCCGGCACAGCCACCCUUGCGCCAGCCAGAGCCACAAGCCGGGGGGGCUGCCGGGCUGCUUCCCGCCCCAGAUCGUGGAAACCAAAGUGGAGCCGGUCUUCGAGACCCUGGACUCUUGCAAAGGGCCCCGUAAGGAAGAAGGAGGCGCCGGGCCGGGACCGGGGGGCAUGUCCUCGCCCUACGGCAGCACCGUGCGCUCCUACCUGGGUUACCAGUCGGUGCCGAGCGGCAGCAGCGGGAACCUGUCCACUUCGUCUUCCUCCAGCCCCCCCGGCACCCCCAACCCCUCCGAGUCCUCCAAGUCAGCAGCCGGCGGCGGGGGCUACUCCGCCCCCGCGGCGGGGAAGAACAAGCCCAAGAAGUGCGUGGACAAACACAGCGACGAGUACAAGCUCCGCCGGGAGAGGAACAACAUCGCGGUGCGCAAGAGCCGCGACAAAGCCAAAAUGCGCAACCUGGAGACGCAGCACAAAGUCUUGGAACUGACGGCCGAGAACGAGCGGCUGCAGAAGAAGGUGGAGCAGCUCUCCCGGGAGCUCAGCACCCUCAGGAACUUGUUCAAACAGCUGCCCGAGCCCCUCCUCACCUCCUCGCCUCGCUGCUGACCCCUGGCCGGGCCGCGGGGCGAGCGGAGCCGCAGGCUCAUUGCCCUGCUCAGCGCUCCCGGGCCGGGGCGAGGGGGAGCCCUAGGGCGGGUGGGUUGGUUGGUUUGCUUCUAAUUUUUUGUUGUUGGUUUUUGUUUAGUUUUUUUUUUUGUUGUUGUUGUUGGUUUGUUUGUUGUUUUUUUUCCCCCUUUAUUUACAUGUUGGCGGAGGGUCCCGCUGCCGCGUGGGGACUGCACCGGGGGCUGUCGGUGGGGGCCCAGCGGCCCCGGCCCCCGUCACGGGCGGGCUCUGCAGGCUGCUGGGCGCUGGGGUUAUUUAAAAGAGCGAGAGGAGAGCAAGGGCAAAGUGAUGCAAUCUUUUAAGCAUGGCUGGGAAUGCUGUGUACAUGAUGCAAUCUCGUGUAACUGUCAGUCAUGAAUUGAGUAAUCUGUUAAAGAUGUUCCUACAGGUUUUUUUUAUUAUAAAGAAUAAUCUAUUUCUAUAAGAAAAUACAUAUGUAUAUUUUGGGAUCUAUGCAUUCUUGCUACAUUUGAAGCAUUAAUGAACAAUUUUAAUAAACUUUAUGACUAGGUUAAAAACAAACAAACAAAAUAAAGUAGCUUGUUUUGUUUUGAAGGCACAUUGAAAGAUCAAAUGCAAGGUUGAAAUUCUUGCUGAAUCUCAUUCAGUGCUGUGACCAGGGAUCAGGAUUUUUGUUAGUCUUUUGGCUUGCUCUGUGUCUCAGAGAAAGGAAAAAACAAAAACAUAAGCAAAAACCCCAAGAGAAACCCAGCAAAGAACAGAGCUGGAAGCUUCAGCCAGCUCUUGUUGCUUCAUUUUAUUUCCUCUAAUCACUUGCUUUAGCUGCUGCUUGGGUGUUGUUUGGGGAGGAGAUGUUCGUGUUGGGGUUUAUUUUUUGCACUUCUUGCUGUUCUGAACGUGUAGAGCGAGAUGUGCUGUCCAAACCAUGACCAAUCUCUGGCAGACUAAUGCCAAGUCUAAAGUGGGAGGGAGGAAGGAAAAGUAAGGGAGGAAACUUGAAAUGAGCUUUUGUUUGUGUUUUCUUUACAGAGUUUCUAUUCUCUAAGUUAUGAUUCAGCGUUUUUUAUGUUUGCAGUUUACAGGAAUAAACAUGAGAAAGUA